GUUGUGAUUGAAGAUUCUGAUGAUGAUUCAGUUCAAACAUAUUGUUUUGUUGUUGUUGUUGGUUUUUAAAUUUGCAUGAAAAAUAUUUGAUUUUAGAUUUUUUUUUCAUUGCUGCGCUAGCGAUAGAAAUGUCCUUUAGCGGUGUGUUUGCAUACAGUUGUAAUUACGACCGUUUCCUAUCGAUUGUUGUCAUAAUGAUGAGCGAUUGCAAGCAGACGUAACGUAUGGAAGAGGUGGGCUUAGCAGCGAUAAUAGUUCCAUCAGUGCGGAUUUGUCCCGCGUGGUCUGUUCCAUCUAAAUCCAGCUAAAAUGGCGAUAAAUCACACUAUCUGUCUCUGAGCCUUUAGCCUUAACACUUGUCACUUCGAUUCGAUCCUUUUCGCAUCUUUUAGAAUUCAGAUAAGGUAGAUUAAUUACAGUUUGGCUCACAUGAUUUAUUGGCUUCUGUUCUUCUUCUAAAUUUCAACGAGAUCCACUUCAAAAAUCCUUACUGUUUAUUUCAUUCAUCGAUCUAUCUUCUCCAUUAUGUGAAAUGUUAAAAUUUGCCAUGAAGGAACCUCUAACAGCAGGAAAUUAUUUUUUUCCCAUUGUGUGUAGAAUGAUUACGUUCCUAUUUCUCAGUUGUCACAACUGACAAUUAGAGAAUUAUAAAGUAAACGGUAAUGCUUUCGUUUAUCCCAUGUUUGAGGGCAUAAAGUGUUGUUACCCAAAGAUCAUAAUCAAUCCUAGAUCAUAGCUAUCAAGUUUGAAUAUCAAGCUCUUCUUGGGCUAAAGUUGAAUACGUACGAUUUUGAAUUUUAUAUUAUAUCUAUUCGGUUUUGUUAACAAUCAGGGUAAAGGGGAGAACUUUCAACAUAUAUAUGUAUAUGUGGCCCACUCAUAAUUAAAGUGUACGAAAUCAUCAAAGCGCGAGUCGAAUUUGUUUUGUUGUGUCUGUACUCUGGGCUCUUUGAAUUUUCUCUGUACGUGAAAAUUUUCGCAAUUCAUUGUCUACUUACUUUUCUGACUGGUGAGAUUCGCUAUUUUCAAACGGAAUCGAUGAUGUAAAUCAUAAGUGACGUAGCAUCAGCCUCACAACGUGAAUCCAUUAUAAAUAACACUGAUUAGGUUGUAGACGCGCUUCCCUGCGACAGAAUAUUACUGUGGGGUAAUGAAGAAAUGUCUGCGAACAUCGAAACUCAGUGCUGCGUGAUCUUCCGAUAAUGAAAUUUGCAACAUCGGCUAUUGCGACGCCUGCUACAGAAGAACCUGAGUUCACGGAUGUUAUCGAAAACAUAACUGUAGCUGCCGGAAGGAAUGUCAAAUUUGCCUGCUCAGUCAAAAACUUAGGCACAUAUAAGGUUGCUUGGAUGCAUUUUGAGCAGUCGGCGAUUUUGACGGUGCACAACCAUGUGAUAACUAGGAACCCUAGGAUAAGUGUAACACAUGAUAAACAUCGAACAUGGUUCUUGCACAUAAACAAUGUUGAAGAGGCUGACAAGGGACGAUAUAUGUGCCAAAUAAACACGGUUACUGCUAAAACACAAUUUGGUUAUCUGCGAGUAGUUGUUCCGCCGAACAUCGAUGAUUCGCAGAGCAGUACAGACGUAAUAGUUCGAGAAGGCGCCAACGAGACGCUAACCUGCAAAGCCACCGGUUCACCCCAACCCACCGUGAAAUGGAAGAGAGACGAUAACUCCAAAAUUACCAUAAAUAGAACCCUCACAGUUCUGGAAUGGGAAGGUGAAUCCUUGGAGUUAACAAAAAUUUCACGACUCGACAUGGGCGCUUAUCUUUGUAUAGCCAGCAAUGGGGUGCCUCCAACCGUUAGCAAACGAAUCAAAGUCAGCGUUGAUUUCCCCCCGAUGUUAUGGAUUCCUCACCAGUUGGUAGGCGCUCCAUUGGCAUAUUCUGUAACACUAGAAUGUUUUGCUGAAGCUCAUCCAAGUUCGCUGAAUUACUGGACUAGAGAAGACGGCCAUAUGAUCCACGAGUCGAAAAAAUAUCACACCGAAAACAUCAUUGGCAACCCCGCUUAUAAAACUCAUAUGCGUCUUACCAUCAAUAACAUACAAGAAGCAGAUUUUGGAGCGUACAAGUGUGUAGCGAAAAACCCUAGAGGUGAAACGGACGGCUCAAUCAGACUUUACACAUCAUCACCCCCGACAACCUCCCCAAAGCCAACGACAGCCGAGUCGUCUUCAGGCCGCAUGAAUAAAGAUAACAUCUGGAGUAGUGCAGAUUUCAAUAAUUCUGUCUAUGGCAAUAACCCUUCGUCCCUUACUGUUCAUUUUCCGGAUAAAGGCUCCAAGUACCAGUCUAAUCUAAAUGAAAUCGACAAGUCUGAGCAAAAAUCUGGAAGCGAAGUGGAAGGCAAAGGAGCAAUAUAUCAGUGGGGCUCCGUCGGAGGAAGUUCGGGGGGUGUAAGCAGGUUCAUCGUUGGAUGGAAUUUAAUACUAUUCCUAUAUCCUUUAUUUCGGUGAACGAAUAUAUAUUAAAGGAAAAACAAAAAAAAAAAGAAAAAGUGGUGGCUUCGAUGUCCGUUAUGUUAUUAUUGUUAUUGUAAUUAUUAGAAUUGUUUCUUCCAAUUCUGCUAUCAUUAUAUCAAAUAAUAAUAAUAAUCACAUUUGUAUAAAUGUACGGUGUGGUUUAUAAGUAGAUAAUGUAAUGUUAAUGCAGCUAUAUCUACAUAUACAUAAACGUAUUAACACAAAAACAGUAACGUACCUAACAUACAUUGGUGAUGUGUGUGUGCAAUUUGUAUGAGAAAGACUGAUAAGAAAUUAGAGUGAUUGUAGUUGAAAAAAUAUUGUUAUUUGUUAUCCAAUAAUUAGGAGAUUUUUAUUUGAACUUCCGAAAUUGACUAGCAAUUUUUUUUUAUAUAUAAGUAUGAUACUGAGUUAACAGAUCUAAAUUUUAUGAAGGUUCUUAAGGCAGACCUCUUUUCCUUUUAUUUAAAAACUCAUCAUUGCCUGAACCAGAAAAUUGAUAUUUUGUGAUAAAUUUAACCAACAUAUGUAAACAAAGUUAAUAUAAAAAAAGUAGAAAAAUACUUUUACUAGCUUUAAAUAAAAGUGCAUGCACAUUUGGAUAUUGUUCAUUAUUUUGCAUUGACAUUUUUUAUCUAUCGUUGACAAAAGUGUUGUGAGUCGGCGAAAUAUUUCAAAAUUUGAAACAAGAUUUAUAAUGCAAAAGAGCUAAACUAUCGGUUAUUAUCUUGAAUCCAAUUUUCACUAAUUGAAUUUGCAUUUCCAAAUUCAUUUGCGACGCCAGAUUUGUAGUUAUAAUUGUCGUUAUGAUUUUAGCCUGUAACACGUACCUAUGUGUAUAGGUCGUAAAUAUGACAAUUUUAUUGCAUUAUAUGGCAGGAAUCUGUGUUAUUAAGUAUAUACAGGACGUUCUUUUAAAGUCGGUUCACCAUUUGGGGCAUUGAAAAUAUUCAAAGAAAGAAUCAGUUCAUCUAGUAAUAUUUAUAAUACAUACUCAUUUGCAAACAUGUAUUAUAAAACCGUAAAUGAAAAUACUUUGAACUAAAACUUCCAUCAUUCCCGUCUAAAAAAGGAAGAAAGCCUUUGAUGGACUAGAUGUCCGCAGUUUGUGUAGUAUGGAGAAGUUUAAUAACAUCAUGCAUCUACAUAAUAUGUACAUAAUUCCAUAAAAGGAGAAUUUGUUCUGCAGAAGCAACUAAAUGAAAAAUUACAACAAAUGCAUUGAAUUAAUAAAUAAUAAUUGAAAGUAUUUAUA